AUGGCCGCAAUCGAACCAGGACCACCGCCGGCGAGCGGAUAUGGUGAGCAGCCCAUGACGGAAAAGGGCAGAGCGGUGCGAAAUCUGGUCGAAGCCGAUUUGCUCGAUGAUCGCUAUGCGACUACCCAGCGUGGUCUGAAGAACCGACAUGUGCAGCUGAUGGCGCUGGGUGGCACGAUUGGAACGGGUCUUUUCGUGUCUUCUGGUCAGUCGUUGGCCACGGGUGGCCCUGCAUCUCUCUUGCUGGGAUACCUUUUCAUCUCCGCCAUGGUGUAUGCGCUCGUCACGGCCAUCGCUGAGAUCGGCGCCUACCUGCCUGUUCAUGGCGGCACCAUGAGUUACCACGGAUUCAGAUAUGUCUCGCGCAGUCUCGGAUUUGCCAUGGGGUAUCUCUACUGGUACUCACUGGGCAUUCUCGUGCCCUACGAGAUCACCGCCGCCGGCCUGGUCAUCGGGUAUUGGGAUACCAACAGCACCAUCAACAUUGCCGUAUGGAUCACCAUCAUGAUGGUCGUGAUUAUCGCGUUGAACUUCCUUCCUGUACGCUUCUACGGCGAGACCGAGUUUUGGUUCUCCGGUAUCAAGAUCAUCACACUCAUUGGCUUGCUGAUGGUUUCCUUCAUCCUCUUCUGGGGCGGCGGUCCGAAUCGCCAGCGACUCGGGUUCCACUAUUGGAAAGACCCCGGCUCAUUCAACACGCAUAUCGUGGACGGAGACACUGGUCGCUUUGUCGGUCUGCUCAAGUGCACGGUCUCCAGUGCUAUUGCUUUCAUUUUCGCACCUGAGCUGAUCAUCAUCAGCGGAGGCGAGAUGGAAAAUCCUCGUCGCAAUGUGCCACGCGCCGCACGACGCUACAUCUAUCGUCUCAUCUUCUUCUAUAUCUUCGGAGUACUCGCCAUCGGCGUCAUCUGUCCGUCUAACGCGGCUCGACUGACCAAGGGCGACGGUACGGUCAACUCCUCCCCGUUUGUGGUGGGCAUCCAAAACGCCGGCAUCCCAGUCUUGGACCACAUCGUCAACGCCGCCGUGCUGACUUCAGCCUGGUCGGCAGGAAACUCUUUCCUGUACAUGUCGUCGCGCUCACUGUACUCUCUGGCCAUGUCGGGCAAUGCGCCGAGUGUUUUCAAGUCAUGUAACCGCUGGGGCGUGCCCUACUACGCGGUCGCUGUGUCGGCCUGCUUCUCAUGCCUGGCCUAUCUGUCGGUCGGCAACUCCAGCUCCAUCGUGUUCAACUGGUUCGUCAACUUCACCAACACUUCCGGUUUCAUCUCGUGGAUUUGCUGUGUGGUGGUAUAUUUCCGCUUCCGCAAGGCCGUCCAGACACAGGGGAUCGAGCAGCCGUACAAGUCCAAGAUCCAGCCAUACGGCGCGAUCUUUGGAAUCUUCGGUGCAACGCUGAUGGCUCUGAUCAACGGGUUCACCGUGUUCUUCCCGUCGCAGUGGUCAGUCAGCAACUUCUUUACCGCGUACAUCGGUAUUCCGGCGUUCCUCAUGUUGUAUUUCGGCCACCGGGCGCUAUACUGGAACGACCCAUGGGCUUGGCGACCAGAGGAGGUCGACAUGCACACCGGACUGCAGGAGAUCGUCGAAGCCGAGAUGCCCGAAAGAUCGCGCGGGCCGUGGUGGAAAUUCUGGUAA